AUGGAAUCUACAGACUAUAACCAAAAUGAUCGAUGUUUUCCGGCUGACGGUAGUACAAUACAUACACCAGCUCAAGAAGUUGAUCAGCCAAGUCAAGGUAUGAUAUUUAAUAAUGAUGAACAACGAUAUUUACAAGGAGGUUGUCUAGAAAAGAAUAUUUAUGGUUUUCAUUUUGAAAUCAAAGAAGAACGGAAACAGAAUAUGUUCGAAACUGCACCUAAAGACUCAACAACAUUAAAAUUUAAAAAUGCAUCAACCGAAGUUCACAUAAAUGAGUUCAAUAUUGUCCGAUAUCUUGGUUGCGGAAGAUAUGGUUCAGUAGAUGCUGUAAAAAUUAUUAGAAAAUAUCGUGAAAUCGAUCUUGCAGUUAAAAGACAUAGUGAAUUAUGUAUUUGUAUGCAAUUAAUGAAUUCAACGAUGAAAAAAUUUUAUGAAACGAUGCAUUCAUACAAAACUAUUGUUUGCAGUAAUUUCGAUCUUUUUAUUGCUCGUUUAAUUCAUAAUGUCGUUACAGCACUUGAAUUCUUAUCAGAGAAAAAUUAUUUUCAUCGUGAUAUUAAACCAGAAAAUAUUUUGGUUAAUAGUCAAGGUAUUUUUAAACUGAGUGACUAUGGAAUUUGUUGUAAAAUAGAUGAAAUUUAUUCAAACGACUAUCGUCUUAUGGGAACAAUUCAUUAUUUAUCACCAGAACUACUUGGUACGCCACCCGAUUUGUGUUCAAAGCAAAGUGAAUUAUGGGCGUUAGGAAUUAGUUUAAUUGAAAUUAUUAGCGGUCAACAUCCAUGUAUUGGUUCGGAUAUUUUGGAUCAGUGGGGAAAAAUUCAGAGUUUCAAUCCAACAAUUUCUAAUAAAAGUCUUUCAAAAAAUAUUGAAGCUUUAAUUUUAUCUUUAGUGGAAAAAGAUGUUCAAUAUCGACCAAAUUCUUACAGUCAAAUUCUUAGCAUGCCAUUUGUUCAAAACAUACCAAAAGAAUCAACGAUUGAUGAAAUAAAUUUCAUCGGAUCAGUAAUAGAGAUUAUUCAAGAGUUGUCUAUUGAGGCUAGUGAAUAUUAA